GGCGUAACUGUUUAUAGAUCACAAAUUCAAUUAUUUUUGGGAAGGAACUCCCUUCUGUUUUGUUUUUUUUUUCUUCUAGUUUACUAACUACAACUUAACUCCUCAUUUAAAAACUGCACCGGUUAAUUACUAUAGAAUUUGGGCGUUUAAUUAUUUCAAAUAAAAUUGAUUUUUAUUUUUAUUAUAAUUGAAUGCAAAAAAUUAAAACACAAAACAUUUCGCCCUUCAGCUGGGCUUUGCAUUUACCAUUUUCUAACCUAAUUUUUAACCUUGAAUUUUUCGAGCAGACAGCUGACAGGUUGACAACCUUUCGCCAAGUUCCAGAAUGACGUUUUCCAUUUGUUGCACUCAGUUCAUGGACGUAAGCGGAUUUACUCUACUCACUCUUAAAAUAAUAUUCGGACAGUCAGAGUGCGUACUUACUGGUAAUCGGAAUGCCCUUACCAACUUGCAAAACAAAAAAAUGAGAAAGUUUUCGUUUCGGAUAUUUUGAUUUUGGAUUGUCUUUUUGAAGGUUCUCUUCCUCAUUUGCAUUCCCUUCCCUUUCGCCAGGUUCCCUAUAUAGUUCUUAUUAAAAUUUAAAAGUUAAAACCAGUUAAAAGGGAACAGUCAAACCCAGUGACUCGAACAAAUAGCUCAUCAGCGUUUGAUUUCACGCCAUUUUGCUGCUGAUCCGCACGUUUUUCGGUCCAGUUUAGGAGCAAAAUCAGCGAAAAAAUGUCGGGAGAAGAAACCUCGGCCGAUCGCAACGUCGAAAUUUGGAAAAUCAAAAAAUUGAUCAAGAGUUUGGAACUGGCAAGAGGAAAUGGCACCAGCAUGAUUUCGCUCAUAAUACCGCCCAAAGAUCAAAUUUCCAGGGUGAGUAAAAUGUUGGCGGACGAAUUCGGUACCGCUUCGAACAUCAAAUCUCGAGUCAAUCGAUUGUCUGUAUUAGGUGCAAUCACUUCUGUACAACAUAGAUUGAAAUUAUACACAAAAGUACCUCCAAAUGGGCUAGUAAUAUAUUGUGGCACCAUUGUAACUGAUGAAGGUAAAGAAAAGAAGGUGAAUAUCGAUUUUGAACCUUUCAAGCCCAUCAACACUUCUUUGUACUUGUGCGAUAAUAAGUUCCACACAGAAGCCCUGACAGCUCUUUUGGCUGAUGACAACAAAUUCGGUUUCAUUGUGAUGGACGGUAAUGGUGCACUUUUUGGUACUUUACAAGGUAAUACAAGAGAAGUUCUACACAAAUUCACAGUAGACUUACCAAAAAAGCACGGUCGUGGAGGUCAAUCUGCUCUGCGUUUUGCCCGUCUCAGAAUGGAAAAAAGACACAACUACGUAAGAAAAGUAGCUGAAGUUGCUACACAAUUAUUCAUCACCAAUGACAAGCCCAACAUUGCUGGGCUAAUUCUGGCAGGUAGUGCGGAUUUCAAGACUGAACUUAGUCAAUCUGAUAUGUUCGAUCCGCGAUUGCAAGCCAAAGUAAUUAAACUAGUAGAUGUGUCUUAUGGAGGUGAAAACGGUUUUAAUCAAGCUAUAGAACUAGCGGCAGAGUCUUUGCAAAACGUCAAAUUUAUCCAAGAGAAGAAACUAAUUGGUAGAUAUUUUGACGAAAUUAGUCAAGACACUGGCAAAUAUUGUUUCGGUGUCGAAGACACGUUGCGGGGCUUAGAAUUGGGUGCUGUUGAAACUUUGAUUUGUUGGGAAAAUUUGGAUAUUCAACGAUAUGUACUCAAAAAUCACACUAAUGGUACUGACACUGUGCUGCAUCUUACGCCAGAACAAGAAAAAGAUAAGAGCCAUUUUACUGACAAAGAGAGCGGUGUGGAAUUGGAAUUGGUCGAAUGUCAACCUCUACUAGAAUGGCUAGCAAACAACUACAAAAACUUUGGUGCCACCUUAGAAAUAAUUACUGACAAAUCUCAAGAAGGUUCUCAAUUCGUACGAGGGUUUGGUGGUAUAGGAGGUCUAUUGCGAUACAAAGUGGAUUUCCAAAGUUUUCAGCUAGAGGAAUUAGACAGUGCGGACUUUGACUUAGAUGAUUAUUAAAUUACCCUUUUUGGAAAAUAAACUAUUUUCAAAUCAAUAAUUACAAUAAUAACAAAUUUGCUGUUGUAGGAGUGGUGUCCUGAAAGCCUUUGCAUUCUUAGCUCAAUUAGUUCAGAUUAUUAAUUUGUUUUUUUCUCUAUUAUUCACAAUAACAAUAAUUGAUUUUUAGAUGUUUAAAUAAUUUGUUAUAUUUAUUUAAUUUAUAUUUUAGUCAAAUUGUAGCGAAUAGUUUUUGUUUAAACGCGUUUUCCAAUGUCACCAUCCAAUCGGAUUUUUUUUUUAAAUAAAAAUCACAUUUCUUUAACAGGUUACUACUCUUACUAUGGUUUCAAUUUGAAAAUCCUAGAAGUUCCAAAUUGCAGGCAAUAAUAUGGAAUUUCAUUACACGUGUAGACAAACUACAAUAAUUGGUAUUUUUUUUUUUUUGAUUAAAAAUUGUAAUGUGUUACCCAUAUUCUAAGAAAAGCAAAUACAGUUUAAAUUAAUUGUCUAUGGAAAAUUUCAGUUGAUUGUUUUAUGGAAUGGCGUACCUAAUUGUGAAGACAAC